AUGUCUCUCCCACAAACCCUCCUCCAACGCUUCUCCCACACCAUCGGUUUCCAGCACUCCUACAACUUCCUCCUCUUCUUCAUCUUCGCCGGAGCCCUAUUAGGUUUCAGCCUCGCCCGCACGCCCUACCUCAACGUCAACGGAACUUUUCUCUCCUCCGCCGCUCCAGGGGAAGCUUACUGGUAUCGACAAGAAUACUACAAUAUCGGGAUACAUAUCCAUCUUAUCAGUAUCAUUUCUGCUGGAUUACUUGCGGUUGUGCAGUUUGUGCCGGUGGUGAGACAUAAGUUGCCGCUGUUCCACCGGAUCAAUGGUUACGUCGUGGUUCUCUUGCUGCUCACAGGGAAUGUGGGCGCGGUGAUGAUCGCGCGAAGGGCAUUCGGCGGCACACUGUCUACCCAGGCGGGCGUCGGGGUGCUGGCCAUCGGAACGACAGGAAGCGCUAUUCUGGCCUACAUCGACAUCAAACGCCUACGAAUCGAUCGACAUCGCGCCUGGAUGCUUCGCUGUUGGUUCUACGCCGGCAGUAUCAUCACCCUGCGAAUCAUCAUGAUCAUCGCAGUCGUUACCAUCGGGCAGAUUGGAUCUUACUACAUCGCCAUGCCAUGCCGACAGAUCGCGGGUUCGGGUGGGAAUGUGGAAAUGUAUGCUGCGUGUCGGGAGGACGUCGAUGGGUAUGCCGCUGUGCAUGCCAAUUUUCUGAAUCCCAUGGGUAAGGAAGAGGUUGCUGCUCCUUUUGAGUCGAGCUUUGGGAUGGCGCUGUGGUUGGCUUUGAUGUUGCAUGCGGUUGGUGUGGAGGUGUACUUGCAGCUGACGAUGGCCGAGACGGACAGGCUGAGGCAAGUGUCGUUCGAGCGACAGAUCGAACGGGGUAUGCGGCCGGCUGAGAGUGCGUCAGACAAGCUUGAGGAUCGCACAGCGAGUGCAUUCGACCAUGGCAAUCGUGUGACUUCAGCACAUGUGGUGCCCGGCAAAGCAACGGAGACAGAGUCUACACUUCACUCUGACAGUGCAAGCGAAGUCAGCAAACCUGCCAAAGCUCUUGGAUGGAACUAA